UCUGUGUGUGUACAUGUGUGUGUGUGUGUGUGUGUGUGUGUGUGUGUGUGUGUACUUAUCCUACCGACCAAUAGGGGACUAUGGGUUGAUUGCACACCAACCAAUAGGGGACAAUUGACUGAGUGGGGACCUAAAACCAUAGUCCCCACCAGGAUAACAGCUAUACAUGAUAGCAGCUGUCAUGCUAACAUACCUAGCAUCAAUAUCUCUGAAAGUUUUCAUCGUCCCCAAAAGUUCUGAUUUUGUCCGAAUGUGUGUGUGUGCUGAAGAUCGAAGCUUAGGAGUGAGACACCUUUGGUCAGUGGCUGUAUUGCAGGUGUGUAAACUAUGCUGCAGGCUCCACCCCAAUGACAUUGUCUGAAGUCAGGUUCCGCCCACAGAAGUGGGCAUUGUCACAUGAUGUAUCAGGUGACCAUAAGCCACCAAGAAACCAGGAAAAGACAGUUACUGGAGAACAGCAAAGGAAGUUUACCCAUAGGCUAAGGUUACUAGCCUAUUAGACAUGGUGAAACCAAGCUUAUUACCUCUAUAUUGCCAUAUUCAACAGAAUCUCCAUAAAAAGCCUGUUUCAAAGUUGUGUUUUAUCUAUGGCCUAUGAUAAACCUGGUUUAACGGGUCAACUAACUUUAAAGUUUGCCUAGAUUUGUGUGUUAACGCCACUCCUUCCAGCAACUUGGCCAUCUUAGUUUAAUUUUCAUGUCAUUGAUUACUUGUUUGCACAAAUUAAUGAGUGAUUAUUCAACAUAGGCUUCAAGUAGGCUACUUUACAGGCCUAGCCUACUAUUACUAGAGUAUUACUAGAUUACUACACGUUUGAAAUCGUCUGUGUUAUGUUCGCUAAUUGCAUAGUAUUUAAGCACUUCUCGACUAAUGUCCCCAUACAGACUAUAGGACACCCCUCCCCCCAACAUUUUGGCGGUUUGGCUGCACUCCCUUUUCCACUCUCGCACUCCCGGUCUCAUCAGACUCAAGUCCCCAAAUAGACUAUACGAACGGAUCCCCCACCCCACCCCAGAUGCUUUUGGCGGGCUCAGUUUUACAACUAGGCUAUAUCAGCACUUUUUGUAUUCCAUAGGUUUAGUCUAAAACAUUUCUAAUUGAUGAUACCGGAAUAUAAACAAUUAAAUUAAUGAAAAUAAAAAUGUAUUAAUUUCGGUUAUUUUAUUUCAAACAACGCAAGAGAUUCACGUCCAAUCAGCAGCGAUCUAUCCCACAACGUCUUUCUUCUACAACAAGAAGUACUUUGACAAGCGCCAUUUUGAUGAAACCAGGAGUAGGUGAAACGUGGAGGAGAGGACACAUGUGUGCUGUAAAUAUAUUACUUGUUGAGCAUGUGAAAUGACAAGGCAACCAUGGGGAAGCAGGAGAGCGAUGCAGAAUCGGGAUACAAAACGGAAGGCCCAAAAAAGAACAACAAAAGUACGAAAUAACAGUGCUUCAGAAUUAGUUCCAGAGCUACAGCGAACGGAAAGUGUGUUUCUCACAAAAGAGAUGCUGGGCAUUCCAAGGGAUUCUUUGCCCAGCAGUGAAGAUAGUGGCAGCGAGGAUGAUUAUGUUCCGGACUCAAAUAGCAGCAGCUCAGAGGAGCCCAGUGAUGAGGAACCUGCAAAGAAGGUCAGGCCCAAAGUUUCUUCUGCCAAGUCCAGUGAUGAGGAACCUGCAAAGAAGGUCAGGCCCAAAGUUUCUUCUGCCAAGUCCAGUGAUGGCACAACAGCAACAACAUCCUUUUCUGCCACUGACAAUGAGAAGUCUUCAAGUGAGUCAGUAGUUGUAAUGAAUGUGAAAAAGAAAUCAGAUGGGUCAAGGGCCUACAGCAAAAGGCAUUUUUGUCUUUUUUGUUCAAAGCCUUAUGCAAAAAUGGCAAGACACUUGGAACAUGUACACAAAAAUGAAGCAGAAGUAGCUGCAGCUGUUAGAUUCCCCAAAAAUUCAAAAUCAAGAAGAAUUCACCUGGACCUUCUGCGCAAAAAAGGAAACCGGGCACACAACAUUGACGUGAUUCGUGAAGGCUCUGGCGUGAUAGUUCCUUGUAAACAAACAAGUGACAGUAAUAUCAAUCCUAAAGAUUUCCUGCAUUGUUUAAGCUGCCAAGGGCUUUUCAAGAGAAGGUUUCUUUGGAAGCAUAUGAAAAGGUGCACUCUGGCUAGACAGUGUGGGGUACUCAAACCUGGCAAAAACAGAAUACAAUCACUCUGUGCAAACGCUCAACCUGUACCAGUGGGAGUAAGUGCUAAGUUAUGGAAGCUCUUAAGUGAAAUGAGUCAGGAUGAUGUUACCCAUGCCGCUAAAAAUGACGUGUGCAUUGUAAAGAUGGGAGAGCAAAUGUUUAACAAAAUUGGCCAUGAUCCUUCAAAACACGAAUACAUUAGGCAAAAGAUGAGGGAGGUUGGAAGACUGCUGUUAGCAGGUACACAGGAAUCCCCAAUGAAGACAAUGGAGGAUUUCAUUCUUCCGUCGAACUUUCCACAUGUUGUGAAUGCUGUGAAGGAUGUAGCAGGCUUUGACAGUAACUCCAAUUCUUUCAAAAUACCUUCACUGGCUUUAAAAUUAGGCCACAGCUUGCAGAAGAUUGCGAGCAUUAUUGAAUGUAAUGCAAUGAUAUCGGGGAAAAAGAAAAUUGUUGAAAAUGCACAACACUUCAAACAAAUUUACCGAACAUGCUGGAAUGAAAAUGUUUCCUCAUCUGCACUGAAAACACUUUCAGAAGCGAAGUGGAACACCCCACAACUGCUGCCAUUCACUGAAGAUGUUAAAAAAAUGCACAUGUACAUGGAUCAAAAACAAAAAGAAGCAUACCAACAGCUAACAAACGAGGAAUCAUCAAGGAACUGGGUUGAUCUAGCUGAGGUAACCCUCGCUCAGCUCAUACUGUUCAACCGUAGAAGAGAGGGGGAGGUGUCAAAAAUGCGCCUAACUGCCUUCACUGAAACUGAUGUGCCAUUGCAUGCAGAUGUAGCUGAGGCUCUAACUGCUCUAGAGAAGAAGCUGUGUGAACACUUCAAAAGGAUUGAAAUUCGUGGGAAGAGAGACAGGAAGGUCCCUCUACUGCUAACCCCAGCAAUGCAGGCGUCCAUGGAAUUGUUAGUGAAGACUCGUGCAUCCUGUGAGGUUCUCGAAAAUAACAUCUAUUUUUUUGCCAGACCUAGACAAGAAACGUUUAUUCGAGGCUACAAGUGCAUUCACCAGUUUGCAAAGGAGUGCCAAGCCAAAUACCCAGAGCGCUUAUCCUCUACGAAAUUAAGGAAACAUGUAUCCACACUUUCCAAGGUUUUGAACCUCAAAGAUACAGAAAUGGAUCAAUUGGCUGAUUUUUUGGGCCACAACAUCGCAGUCCACCGCAAGUUCUAUCGUCUGCCAGAAGGAACACUACAACUGGCUAAAGUUAGUAAAGUCCUGAUGGCCAUGGAAAGAGGGUGCUUAAUGGACUACAAAGGAAAGAAUUUAGAUGAAAUUGAAAUUGAUCCCAAUGAAACAAUUCCAGAGGAGAGUGACCAUUCAGAAAGCGAACUGACGGACGAAGAACUAAGCCCACCUUCUACAUCCUACCUACCUUCAGCUGCUAAGAAACGAACUUCAAAGAAGAAACAGUGCAUGCAAUCAGAGGACGAGUCCGAGGAUCCAGGUUCAGCUGCUAAGAAACGCACUUCAAAGAAGAAACAGUGCAUGCAGUCAGAGGACGAGUCCGAGGAUCCAGGUUCAGCUGCUAAGAAACGCACUUCAAAGAAGAAACACUGCAUGCAGUCAGAGGACGAGUCCGAGGAUCCAGGUUCAGCUGCUAAGAAACGCACUUCAAAGAAGAAACAUUGCAUGCAAUCACAGGACGAGUCCGAGGAUCCAGGUUCAGCUACUAAGAAACUUUUUGUUUUAGGCACAUCAAAGAUGAAGAGCCAAAGUAAAUGUGAUGAAAUGAACUCCGAUGUUCCAGAUGCAGCAUCCAAGACAUCCUGCCGCAAGAGAAGACCAUGGAGUCAAGAAGAAAUCCGCGCUGUUGAGAAGACCCUGAUGAAAUUUAUCACUACAGGCAGAACUCCUGGGAAGGCAGACUGCGUUUCUUGUAUCAACUCAGCACCUGAAGCACUUAAGUUCCGUGACUGGAUGUCAGUUAAGUUUUAUGUCAAAAAUCGUUGUGUGUCCUACCAAAGAACCACACAGACCCUUUUAUAGCAAUUUGAUAAGAAUGAGUUUGGGGGUGGGAGAUGGGAAUGUGUUCAGUUUUCUUAACAGGGCUUGAGCAUUUCAGAGGACCACACAAUACAUGCCCUGUACUUACACAGUAUUCUUGUUUAUAUUUUAUGUUGGCAGAGGGUCAGCAAUGUUUUUGUCAUUGGUAUUACAGUACAUGCACUUUAUUUUAACAGUACUUAAAUGAUUUUAGGUUGGGAGAGGGUCAAUUGUGUACUUUCGUUGUUAAUACUACAUGCUCAUACAAACAGGCUUUAGAGGAAAAUUAAUGAUGCUCAUGAUUGUAAUAAUGUUGAAGUGUAAAGAGUUGUGUGUGAGAAGAAGGUACGUUGUAUCCUUGUUGACGAGGUUCGUUAAAAAUAUUCUGACAACACAAUUUUUUUUAUUCAUUUUAAUAUUUCUUUUAUUUUCAUUAUUCACUUGGUAUCUGCAAUGCCUGAGUAGAUAUUUUAUAUUGAGAAGGUAUCUGCUUUUUCACAUGGUGUUGACUGUAGCAUUACUAGCACUUUCAGAAAUAAUGUACGCUAAUAACUAUCACAACAAUCUACCUCAUAACGUUCUAAUGAAGUGUGGUUGUGCAUUCUGGCACUGUGUUAAGCAGCCAAUAAAUGUGUUGAUUGCUA